CGCAUCUAUCUCUCUGUGCUUCCAACAAUAAAAAAACAUUUAAGUUAAUUUCAGAUUAAUAAUUUUUCUGUAACAAUAAGCUGUUGUCCCUAGAUUCCUUUUCAAAGGGACAGCCCCCAUAAUUCUUGAGGAAGGAUAUAGUGUCAAUCUUCUGUAACAUCUGUUAUCAGUACUGAAACCUUUUAGGAGUUGGGUUUUUAUUUUAGGCAGCAGACAGUUGCAGUGCUGCCACCUCCCCCCUAUUAUAGGACUGCAGUGUAUCUUCACCUGGACAUCUUCAAAAGAAGAAGUGAAGCAAAGAUGCUGAAGAAAAGUGUUAUGUUGGCAGCUGCAUUGUUGCUAUUUGGGAGUUCUAUAUUUGUGGCAGCAGGUAUGUGAUCCAUAAACAUGCAAGUUGCAAAUUUAUGAUUAAUUUAAUAUGUGACCAAAACCACUGACUCGGUUAUUUAUUAACGUGUGAAUUUGUUGGGGAGCUUCAAAGUGAAUGCUAGGUUUUUCUGAAUUGGGAUAUUUUCUGAGUUAUCUAUGUUCUCAGUUUUGCUACAUGGGUCUAGAUCAGUGGUUCCCAACCCAGUCCUCAAGUACCCCUUACCAGUCCAGGAUUUAGGGAUUACCCUGUUGUGUCUAAAGUGUUUUUUGUUUUUUUUCCCCCAAAACACCUUAGACACAAUUGUAUAAUCACUAAAGGGGAUACUUGAGGACUGAGUUGGGAACCACUGGUCUAGAUGAAUUUGAAAUUCAUUUUGAAUUCACUUUAUAUUCCAGACAAUGCACACUUUAGCGAUAAAAAGUAACAUUUGGACAUUCUUUUCCAACAUUGGUAUUCUGAACUACAUUUUCAGAUGUCAACACAUUAUUUAGCAAAUAUGAAUAUGUUUAAUGUAGAAGAGCAGUAAAUAAUUAUGCCAGAUCGUGAACGGUAUAUUUCCUUUAAUAGCAAGUUGUAAUGAUUUAUUAAAAAAUAUAAACUAUAUCAAUAUUUUGGCUACAAAAGAAGAAUUAGAAAAUAUUUCCAAUUCAGAUAUAUGUUUUCCAAUUGGCCUAUUUUGGAUUCACAGGGUUAUUCACUAAUGUGAGAAUUCAAAGUGAAUUUAAAAUUUAAGGCCAAAAUACCUGUACGGGAAAAAUAUCUUCAUUAUUAUAUUGUUACUUUAGCCUAAAAUGUCAAAUUCACUUUGAAUUCUCAUUUUGGUGAAUAAGACUGAUAAAUUUGCAAUUCAGCUCUUAGCUCACCAAGAUAACUGUUUAGUGAAUAGACCUCUAUAUUCAAUAUUUGUUUUUUUUAAAAAGAGCUUUUCACUUGUUGGCAAUGUGUUUGCAGCGGUCAAUUACAGCGACUUCAGAGUUAAACUGGAGAAGUCUGUUAGUUUCCAUAUUCAGAUUAAAAGGGGUUUAUUCAGCAAAAAUUGACUAAACACCUGUGACUAUAGCCCACUUAGAUUAUAUUUUCAUAUCAGCAUUUCCUAAAUGUUGCUUUAAAAUUCACUAGAAUUCACAGUUUAGUGGAAAAACAUCUAAAAACAACAAGGCUAUUCAGUAAAUAGAGAAGUGUAUAGGAAUUAACUAGGCAAUUGUAAAUCAUAGGCAAAAAUUGCCAAACUGCUAAAAAAAAAAAAAAAAAAAUAAUAAAAAAAAAGAAAUCAGCUUUUUUGAUACACAGAUUGCAAUUCCAACUUUAGUGACUCAUCCUUUACUUUGCUGAUUGUUACUACUUCUGCUUUGAGACUCUUCCAUGUAUUUACUGCAUUUUUUUUAAAUAAUCUUUAUUUAAAGUUAGAACAUGGUCCAAAAAACACAGAAGAUUAAAAAAUCUAGCAGUAGAAAAUGUAGAGAGUUAUUUACUACCUCUUUUUAGUUGAUGUUUCAAAAGGUACACUUUAAAGGACCACUAUAGUGCCAGGAAAACAUACUCGUUUUCCUGGCACUAUAGUGCCCUGAGGGUGCCCCCACCCUCAGGGACCCCCUCCCGCCUGGCUCUGGAAGGGGGAAAGGGGUAAAAACUUACCUUUUUCCAGCGCUGGGCGGAGAGCUCUCCUCCUUCUCUCCUCCUCCGUUCCGCCCCAUCGGCUGAAUGCGCACGCGGGGCAAGAGCUGCGCGCGCAUUCAGCCGGUCGCAUAGGAAAGCAUUUACAAUGCUUUCCUAUGGACGCCGGCGUGCUCUCACUGUGAAAAUCACAGUGAAAAGCACGCAAGCACUUCUAGUGGCUGUCAAUGAGACAGCCACUAGAGGCUUUGGGGAAAGGCUUAACCCAUUAAUAAACAUAGCAGUUUCUCUGAAACUGCUAUGUUUAUAAAAAAAAAAUGGGUUAACCCUAGCUGGACCAGGCACCCAGACCACCUCAUUAAGCUGAAGUGGUCUGGGUGCCUAGAGUGGUCCUUUAAGGUGAUCUGUCGUGCAUACGUUUUUUUUUUCACUGUCCAUCAAUAGUUUUUCUCAUAGUAAUAUUUUAAAUUGUGAAUUAUUAUGAACAAUAAUACAGUGCAAUAAUUCAUUCAUAAAUGUGGUAUAAUCAAAUCUACGAACCACAGGCAGCUCACAAAGAAAGGUUUUGUGUAGUGAAACGUAGCAUGUAAAAGACUUGUGAAUCCCCUUUUAUUGAGUGAUUGUGCAUAUCUAAUAUUUGGGCUAUUUUUAAUUAAUGUUUUGUCAAUGUUAGAGAGUUAAUAGUUUGACAUGUUUUAUUCUAUUGGAGCCUGGUUUUAAGAUCAUGAAAAAUCUAUAGUGCAGGAAAACAAAUCUCCAGGGCUAUUUUGUUUAGUAACUCUCACAAUUUCUACCAUAUUAUUAUACUUAAUAUCAUAUUAAUAUACAUUUCUGUGCCAAUAUAUAUUUUGAAGAGAAAAAAAAUCUCAAUUUAAAAAAACAAAAACCCAAUAUGGGACUUGUAGGACCCAGUGAAAAUUUGUUUCAGCCAUUAUGAGACACACAGGUCCCAAUUAUUACUAGAGUUUCCAAAAGUUGAUAGAGCACAGUUUAGAAACCGUACUGGGUUUCAUAUUGAAAAUGUAGCAUCUAGUCAUAUGAAUUCAAUAAGAGUUGCUCGUUCAUCUUGUGAACAAUUCUUAUAAUAAAAAAAAGGUGGAACAGACCAGAGGGGAGGUGUGUGUGGGGAAUCUUGCAAUCACAUCAACAAUAUCCAGCCAUUAAAGGAUCACUAUAGUGUCAGGAAAACAAACUUGUUUUCCUGACACUAUAUCAUCCUUAGGACCCCCCCUCCCGUUGGUGUUGAAGGGGUUAAAACCCCUUCAGUUACUUACCUUGAUCCAGCUCAUGACCUCUCCUCCCCCGCCAACGUCAGCUCCCUAGUGGAGCGGAAUGUGCAUGCGCGGCAAGAGUCGCGAGCGCAUUCAAACAGUCCAUAGGAAAGCAUUUCUCAAUGCUUUCCUAUGGACGUUUUGCACGCUGGAUGUGAAUUUCAGGAAGACAGCCACUAGAGAUUGGGUUAACCCUGCAAUGUAAACAUAGCAGUUUCUCUGAAACUGUAAAAAUUCAUCUGUGCCAGGCAUAUGGCAAGAAAUAAUGUAUGUGUGUGUGUGUGUGUGUGUGUGUGUGUUUUUUUUUUUUUUUAAUUGGCCAAAAGGUGAGAGGGGAAGUGUAAUCAACCUAGAAUUCCUACAGUUACACUUACACUCACACUCUACCCUACACUUCCAUUGGGGAUGCUUGAAAACUGGAGAUGGGCACAAAAAUAGAAGAGCUAUGACAUAUGAAUGAGACCUGUGCUUUCCUGGGAGACAAAUCUAAUUUGGUUGUGUUGCCAAUUUCCCUAGCGGUACUCCACAUGGUGCAGAAUAUACAAUGACUGUACUAGCAAUCACAGUACUAUUACUACUAAUAAUUUAUCCUUUUUAUUUUGAACUAUUUUUGGUGUAAAUCAGUUGUUUGUCAUCUAUUGUUUAUGUAUACACUGUGACUAUUUUUGUUUGUAAUAAAUAUUCCUUUAUUAAGUUCUGCCAUUGUGUGGCAAAGAAUCAGGUUGCCUGAUUAGAACUAUUUAAUAGUAUUUUGACUACAUAGAUAAUUCCAAAAUUGUGUUUUGUGGGUUUUUCAAAUCUGAUUUGGCUGGUAUCCAAAGACAUCCGUUUCUAAAUUGCCUUGGUGGUGGCAUCUUUUGAUACUAUAGUUAAGUAUGGGCGAUACUAGAGGGAAUUUUUUAAUCAUUGUUUUUGGUUUAGUGCACACAAAUAGUCAUUUGUGUGCAGUAAACCAAGUUGAGGGCUUGCUUUGAGUAGUGUGUUCCAUGACAAUCUCUGCCUACAAUCUCUUCCUAUGGCAUUUUUAUAAGUGUGGUGUUCAUGGGCAUCAUAAAAGUAUGGGGUUACUGAUCCACACCUAGAUACCAACCAUCUAUUAUGUGAACACCACCACUUCUCCACGACCAACAAGGACAUAUUAAAAGGGUGACUAGACUAUUUCAUGAAAAUAAGACAGGAUGUCUAUGUUAUGUAAUUUAUAGUAUAUGAAUGUGAAUAAGUCUGCAAAAUAUCAAAGGAAUUGGGGAGUCCUCUCUUUGAAGGGACAGCUCUCCACCCUAUCAAUCCCUGUGACUGUUUCUACAUCCACUCUAAUUGUCAAUGCAGGAAUAUAUUCUCACAAAUGUACUAUGCAAUUACAGGCUACUAUGAUGAUGAUGAUUAUGAUGGACGUGUCUUAGUGGACAAUAAAUGUAAGUGCGUCAAAGUGACUUCAAAAUUUGUCCCUUCAAAGGAAAAUCCUAACAAGAAGGUUUUGGAACGUAACAUUGAAAUAAGGUAAGCAAGGCAAUCCGUUGUUUAUAGGGUAAUACUGUAUUAGUAGAUGGAUAUUUUUCUUUCAAAUUUAUGAUAAAAAGGGACAUUAAUCGUGAUGACAAUAUAAUUUUGCCUCUUUAUAAAUCUUUUGCUAUUUUGGGCACCUAUUUUAAAAGAUAUUAUGGCACUAGAAAAAGUGUAGAGGCCAUCUAAAAGUUAUUAAGCGGAAUGGAAGAUUUUAUUUCUGAAGUAAGAUGAACAAAUUUAAAUCUGUUUAGUUUAUAAAAAUGGUGCCUCAGAGGGGAUAUGAUUAUACAAAUAUAUUUAGGUCCAAUAUAAACUAUUGUCUGGAAAUGGAAGAAAAGAUGUGAGAAAGGAUUUUGUCUAAAGCAAAAGAAAGGGAUCUUUAAAGUAACAGUAACCCUUACACACCUGUAUAUAUUUCUCUGUUCAUCUAACAUUCCCAUCCCCAUAGCCACAUUGAGUAGAAAAGAGCACAUAGCACUAAUCCAAGGUUUUUGUUUUGGUUCAGAACUUGGAUAGUUACCUUCAUCCUUAAAGGAUUAGAUAUAUUUUGUUUCUGUUUAUACAGCCCUGGCCACACUUCCUCUGGCUAUGAAUGACACAGCCUACGUCAGGGGUUUCCAACCCAGUCCUCAAGUACCCCCUACUAGUCCAGGAUUUAGGAAUGGCCUUGUUGUGUCUAAAGUGUUACCACUGGGUAAUCCCUAAAUCCUGGACUGUUGGGGGUACUUGAGGACUGGGUUGGAAACCACUGGUCUACAUGAAAAAUGGUUUCAUUUUCAAUUAGAUCUUACAGCAUAGAUCGUUUACCUUAGAAGUUAUUAUCUACGGCUCUGUUAAUGAACUUAAAUCAUGCACUGAGCCCUGCAGGCUUGAUCAGGCUAUAAACAACCAGAGCAUGAAAUAAGAAAUUAUAAAUUAACCACACCACCAUAGAGGAAGUUUAAAAAUGAUAUCUCUCUUUUCAGGAACAGUGUCACUUCCAGGAGAGUUAUGGCUAAGGCUGCAUAAACAAUACAAUUUAAAGGGUUACUCAAACCACUCUGAACCAUUUCCGUGAUUUGAAGUGGUCAUGAUGCCUGGAGUCUCUAUGUGUAUCAUUUUGCUAUGAAACAUACAGAGUUUAAUCUGUAACUGCACCUCCGGCAGCAUCAUUGUGCGUCAUUAGCAAGCCUGGAACAUGCUGGAGAUGGAGUCCAGUGGCAGCAUGGUCCUCUCCUUUGUGCUGCCCAUGUUCUUCCCUCAGCCCAUCCUCCACCUUAAAUCCCUCCCCGGCAACUAAUGGAAGUGAUGUUAGUGAAGUAGGUUCAGAUGAGGGGAGAACUUAGUCCCAACACUGGAACAUGCAACACAGUGACAGAACUACCAUCAGUGCAGCCAAUGCAGCUGAACCGAGGCCCAGAGCACUAGGGGAGUCCAGUGCCGGAAGUUCCGCCACUGGGUCUAGCUGUUGCUGCCUGGUAAUGGGCUCAUCAAACAGUGAUGGGCCACCUCCAGAGUCCAGGGCCUAGAGCACUUCCUCCCAGCUAUAAGGAGUGUAGCUGUGAGGGAGGGAGAGGAAGCACAGGGAGCAAGGAGGAGUAAGCAGUGAGCUGCUGUCCACACAUCAGCCUCAGUCAGCAGCUCAUCAAGCAACCCACCCUCAUACAGAAAAAAAGUUAAGCUAACAGGAGGGUGGAUGUAAAUAUAAAAAAUAAUGACAUAUAUGUGUGUUGAUAUCUGUGUGUGUGUUUGUAUCUGUGUGUCACUGUGUAUGUGUCAGUAUAUUCUGAGAAUGUGUGUAUAUGUGCCAGUAUAUGUUUUUUUGUGUAAGGGUGUGUAUGUGUGCCAAUGUGUGUACCUGAGUGUGUAUCGGUUUGUCAGUGUGUGUAUUUUUGUGUCAGUGUGUGUAUGUGCCAGUGUUUCUGACGGUGUGUGUAUGUGUAUCUGUGUGUCACUCUGUGUAUCUUUGUGUCAGUGUGUGCAUCUGAGUGUGUGUGUAUGUUUGCCAGUGAGUGUGUCAAUGUAUCAGCUUGUGCACCUGCGUGUCUCUCUAUGUGUGUAUUUGUGUCAGUUCGUAUUCACAUCUGUGUGUGUGUAUCUGUGUGCUAAUGUGUAUGUAUAUCUGUGUAAGUAUUAAUGUAUGUGGUAGUGCAUGUGCAUACAUCCCAGCAAACACCAACACAGCAUGCAAACACACCCCUGCACACACUCCAAAAUUAUGUACACACUCUUUCACUCAAACACCAACACUACACACAAUUGUAAAGCCACAUUUAAAAGCCAACAUGCAUGCACACACAUACUCUAUACAUAAACAUGCUUACAUUCAAAUGCAGAAACACUGCUUACAAAUACAACCCUGCAAGGAUAGGCAAAUUGUAGAUUCUCACCUAGCGUAGUAUCGUGAAAGUAGUAUGACAGAUCAGUAUCGCUGCCUCCGAUGUGGCUCUGUGGGUAGUCCAUUUAUGUGUGAUCAUGAGGACCCUUGGCGUCUCCCAGCGGUAAUGUAUGCCCGUCGUUCUCAGGUGGCUGGUUAGGCGAUGCACUGACCUCCGCCAGUGUGGCCCUUGUUAAGUGUUAGGGACCAGGAACCAGACAGAGACAGAACUAGAUGCAAAAACACCUUUAUUAAUAAAUAACAAAUAAAGAAAUAACCAAAAGCAAAGUCCAGGAGGCAAGCAGGGGUCAGUCACCAGAGCGGGUAGUCACACAAGCCAGGAUCAGGAGAACGGAGAGCAGCGAAGUCAGGAACAAGGCCAGAGUCAGGAACAAGGCCAGAGUCAGGAACAAGGCCAGAGUCAGGAACCAGGAACAAACAGGAAACACAGGAACAAGGAGACUUCUGGGGAACAGGAAACCAUGCAAGGGCAAGGAGGUUCUGGGAUUUGCUGCUUAAAUAGGCUGCACUGAUUAGCAGCAGGGUUGGUUACUAUUCUCAGGUGAGUAAACGUGACAACAUACUGAAGGAGCUGAUUGUUAAUCUCAGCUGAAAACUCAGACACUGAAAAAGGAAGGGUUGCUGUUUAAAACAGCAAAGAAACCCUGACAUUAAGGUCUGAAAAAAGAGCAGUUGUGGGUUUUCAAAUACCAUUGUUGGAGGUCAUGCUUUGUGGCACAGGUAUUAUCCUCUGGUUCUCUAAGGGCUGGGAGCGUGGUGUCUUGCUUGGCCUCUGCCCGCGGUGCUAGUGAGUGGGCAUGUGGUGUAGGCCACACCAGAGCAGUUAAGGCCUCUGUGGCAGUCAUCUUGGAUGGUGCCUGUCGCUGCAACAUCACUCCGAUAUCUGGUUGUUCAGCUGAUGAGCCUGGCUGCAGCUUCUGUGUGCGACGCCCCAUUGUUGUGGAGGUGUUGCUAAGUGUCACGGUAUCGUCCUACUCAGUGUGUGGGUUGUCAUACACCCGAGUGCCUCUUAGGAGAGUUUCUAGGCUGUGGAUGGCCGGCAGGCCCUGGUUUUGCGUUUAGCCUUCCUGGACCUUGGGGGUUGGAAGAAAGGCAUCAGGCACUUUAUACAUUGUAUGGUAUCACCUAUUACUAGAUACUAGGUUAUUUAUAUCAUGUCAAACAUAGAUAAAUGAUAGAUGAUACUGGGUUGUUCUUGUAAUGCAUACUUUAUGUAAAAUUCUGUAUUUCAUUCUAGGGUUCCAGUAAAAGCCAGGAUGAACAUUUCAGACCCAACAUCUCCACUAAGAACUAAUUUUGUCUAUGAUCUGUCAAAACUGUAAGUUAUUUUUCUAACCCUUUUUUUAUAUUACUUUGUGAAUGUGAAGAUGCUCUACAAAAAUGGGUUCUCUCCCUUAUAUUUAUUUGAGUAAUUAAUCAUACCAUAAUUUGCAUUCGCAUUAUGAUUAUGUUACAUACAUUAGCAAAAUAUAAGAAUUAGUUUUGUUUGUUUCCCGUGUUUUGAAAGCGGAUGUUUCAGUAAAGAAAAUGUAGCUUUUUUCCUAAAUCCGAAAUAUAUAAUGUAAUGUACCUAAAUAGGUAAUGUAUAUAUUAAAGGAGAAAAGCAUAUGUAAGGGAUGCUCAGAUGAGAAUGGGCAAAUAUUAUAAAUGCACACAAUUAAAUCUCAUGGCAAGAGGUACCCACACUGAGCUGAGCUCAAGUUAUACUACUGUGGUAAUGCUGCACUAUGGGAUGUGACAUCAUGCAUCACUACUACAGACCAAGGGACUGGUGCAGAAUGCAGUAAGGGAUGUGGGGUUUUAAUGUAAGCUGAGUAUGUUGAAUCUACAGUAGUGGUCUCAGGAGGGCAGGGGGUACUGGCGAAUGAGCAGACCAUGUUAACUUGGGCAUUGCUUAGUUAAAAAGUCCAAAAUAGACCCGAAGGAGUUAAAUCUCUUACCUUACCUGUUCAGUCAUAGUUUCAUGUGCAAAGACACAUGUCCAGAAGAGAUUUUGCAACUUUUAAUAUUAGAUUAAAUUUUAAUUUGAACAAUGAUCAUUUUAAAAGAUAUUCAAAUUGAGCAGUGUUCCUCAUUUUAUUGUAUAAAACCCUUGCUUUUAUUACCAUGGCAGACAUACUAAGGAUUCACUGUAAUCACAGUUGCUUCGCACGAUCAAUAAAACUCUUCGCUAAACCUUUUUGCUGAACCUCUUUCGCUGAACCAUUAGAUUAUUACGCUAACUCUAAUUCAAUACUACCAUGCAAAUACUUGAAAAUGGAAUUCUGGGAAAAGGGUUUAAUAUUCAACAGCUUGUUCAUUGAUAAAUGCCAAUUUGAUAGACCACAAAAUUCAGACCCAAGGCUACUUGUCCAUAUGCUGUGAAGGUGGCAUCAAUUUUUUCAUUAAUACGUUUGGCUCUUCUAUAUUUCCACACUCCAGCAUUUUGAAAGUAUGAUAAAAUAUAAAAUAAUCAAAAUCUGUUAAUAUGAUUGUUAGAGUAUUUUUAGCAUCAUGUUCAAAUAAAGAUAGAUUGUCCUUUAUGUAAUAAUUGCAUUUGCGUUUAGGAUGUAUCCUAAUGUAAUGUCUGUUUCCAUUCUUCCAGCGGUAAGAACUGUAAUCCUACCAAAAUAGAACUUGGUGGUGAAUCCAUAUGGGCAUCCCAAGGCACCUGCUCUUCGGAUUCAGAAGACACAUGCUACACGUAUGACAGGAACAAAUGUUAUACCUGGGGAGUCCCAUUUUCAUACAACGGAAAGACUGUAGUAAAGAAUGUAGCGCUGAAUCCCGAAUCCUGCUAUGAAUAAAUUGUCCUAGCAUUGCAAUAUCCAAAACAUUGCUGUAUAUUUUAUAAAUGUCUUUAGAUACUCAAAAUAAUGCCCAAACUAAUGAUAGCCAGCCCGUUUCCACAUAUAGCCUAGUAUUUGCAAUGGCAAAGCAUACAUAUAUUAUUUAGCAGUGCUUAAUCCCCUUAUUAUGUUUAUGCGUGUUUUAUGUCAUUGAACGACACUUUUAAUGUCCAUUUUGCAAUAAAUCAGUUUAUUCAGUGCACAAAUAAAUCCACAUUGUGAUUAUUUCC